AUGGCCUUCCAUCAACCUACGAGACAAGUUGCACGGCGCACUUCUCGUGCAGUCGCCCCGAACUCGGCGGAUCUAGAGGCGCUCGCACCACGACCUCCUCUAACACAGUCACGCGACGAGUCGCAAACAUGGGUCCUAUUCUCGCCUGCCACCGACUCGGGAACCUCUGUCUCCUAUCUGUCGUCGAUACAAGACGAGCAGCCCACACCUGGCCGGUCAAGGAUAAGCGACAUUGGAAGCCUUCAAACAAUAGCACAAUCCGACCACUUCUAUUCCGAACCUGCCAACUCCGACGUCCUCGAGGAAGACGACGCGAACGAGGACGAUGCCGAGUUCGACAGUCUUGACAGUCACUUGCCAGACUUCCUGCACAGGGGGCAGCAAGGAGGAAACACACAGUCUACCACUAUUUUCCCAGGCCACGAUGGGUUGGGCAGUUUCAGACUUGACACCCAAGGAUUGGCAACAGAAAUGCAGGAGACAAUGUAUCAGUUUGAGCGUUACAACCCCCGCAGGGUCAAGAGACGACGAGAGUCUCUGGAACUCGGUCAGCUUGCUUUGGAGAGCGAGGAGGCACAGGAAGCUGAUAGACGGCGGCGCAUCGAGGAAUGGCGCCUCGAGCAGAGCCGAGUAUUAUUACAAGAGAUACAGAACGAGACGAGACGUAGGAGAGAAUCGACCGUGUCUGCGCUGACGGGCGGGCUCAGGAGAGGAAGUCAAGCAUUUGUGGAUGCUGAGGCCGAGGACGCGGCGCUGAGCACGGCUGGCGAUCCGACGCCCGAUGCUUCCAUGGCAGGGACUGAAUGGCAUGACCAGGAUGCAUCUGAGAUGGAUCUCGGCGCUGGAGAGACCGAAGAAGCGGGUUACUGGACGCGUCUCACACGAAGCGUCAUCCGUGACCUGAUGGGCAUUGAUGAUAAGCUGCUGUGCGUGCUUUUCGGCGAGGCACUUCCUGGGGAUAUGGAUCUCGACACUGACGACCUGUCAUCCACGCCGCGGGCUGCUGCUCCUGGGAGCAGUGCGGCAGAGUCAGAGUCAUCUUGGCAGCUUCAACUCCUUGACAGGAUGGCCCGGGAGCUUGGCGACCUGGUCAACCACCUGUCUGCUCACCCGCACCCUGGGGCCUUCUCAACAUACACUCGCAUGCAGCAGAUGCCCCUGCCUUACGCUGGACUGCCUGUUAUACCCGAAACUGCUGCUACCCCUGCACAGUAUGCCUCAGUGCAGGCCGUGCCUACGGUCACUGAGCCGACCGAGGCGAUGAGGCCUGCGCCUUCGAGGAGGCCUUCGACCGCGGAGGAAAGCACAAUGGCAUCCAUGCCUAAAUUCCAGCCUACGCUACAGGCAGUGCCCCAUGCACAGCCCAUGGACAUACCUCGGACAAAGGCUGCAGAGGGUUCAACCGAGGCAUCUGGGUCUGAGAAGCUCGCGGGCACUUUCACACAGCAAGAGUGGGAGCAAGACCUAGACAUCAAGCUUGUAUUCCGGUAUCUGCGUAACCGAUUCACCUCGUCACGUGCUGCGGCUUCGAAUGCCACUGGGCACUCGCAAUCGCAUCCCCACAACCCUUCCUCGGCUCAAGAUGCAGCAGCGAGAGCAGCAGCCCGCGUGAGACAACAUCAUCCCCUCGUGCGUGGUGUCCACUCUCAUCAAAGACGGACUUCUUUCAAGGUCAGCGUGCCUGCAGGUGCGCAAAGCCAACUAGUCAGGCACGCCAGCAGCUGCGCCAGCCAGAGUACUAAGAGGAGUGGGCGGCGGGGAAGCAUGAGUGUUUCGUCGAGACACUCCAGCAGGCAUUAUUGGGACCUUGGUGCGCGUGACGGCGCGGGUAGUAUUGGCACCGGAAGCAUGAUCGCCAGCACGGGGCCGAUGGGGAGCUGGGGGGAGGUCUAA